AUGGUAGCACUUUUGAAAUUAGCCUACAGGGAGGAGGUUGAUCUUGUAGUUCUCGUGCUCGCUGCUGUGUUUUCCAUCUUGUGGCUUAUUUGGAAGUUAAAAUCCAACAACGGUGGCACCAACCCAUCACUUCCACCAGGCCCACGAGGAUUACCGAUAGUUGGCAAUCUUCUAUCUCUUGAUACUGAACUCCACUCACAGUUUGCCAACCGUGCGAAAACCUACGGUCCGAUUAUGACACUUUGGCUUGCUCUAUCUCUCAAUCCUUACAAGGUUUCAUCAUACGGUGGGAAUGACAUCGUAUGGUUGCCGUAUGGGGAUAAAUGGCGGGUAUUAAGGAAGAUCUUAGUUAGUCAGAUGCUCACCAAGGAAACAUUGGAUUCCUUUUACUAUCUUAGACGAAAAGAGAUCAGGAACAGCAUCAAACAUGUGUACAACACGCAAGUUGGGUGUCCAGUAAACAUUGGGGACUUGAUGUUCUUGACCAUUAUGAAUGUAGUUAUGGGUAUGAUAUGGGGUGGCACAAAGGAUGGGAUAGGGUUUGGAGUAGAGUUCAGGAAUGUGAUAAAUGAGGUUACUAGGUUAAUGGCUGCACCAAACUUGUCUGAUUUUUAUCCGGGUUUAGCUUGGUUGGAUCUGCAAGGGAUUGAAAAGAGUAUGGUGGCGAUGAAGAAGAUUGAUGGGAUAUUUGAUAGAAUUAUUGAUGAAAGAAGGAAGAUGGAUUGUGGCGGUGAUGGGAUUGUGAUGGGGUCUUAG